AUGUCAACUUUUGACGGCAUCAUAUCUGAAUUCCCAGAUAUUAGAAUUGACUUCUUCCGGCGCAAUGCCGGUGCACAACCGCCACUUGCUUGUUUUCUAAGUCAUGUUCAUAGCGACCACUUGGCUGGAAUUGAAAGCCUGCGAUCUCCAUUUGUCUACUGCUCGGCAGCCACCAAAGAGAUCCUUCUUCGUCUUGAACGAUAUCCUUGUCGCAUCAACUAUGCUAAGGGGGUGCUAGAAUCAAGACAGCAAACCUUCAAGCAUCUCCGCAAAGUCUUGAAACCAUUGCCUUUGGAAACGCCUACAUUGAUCGAGCUUUGCCCGGGCCGCGAGAUCCAGGUAACCCUUUUUGACGCCAACCAUUGCCCUGGGGCGGUGAUGUUCUUGGUCGAAGGAGGUAAUAAAUCAGUUCUAUAUACCGGAGAUAUUCGAAGCGAACCAUGGUUCGUUAAUUCUAUUUCCCGGAAACCCAACCUUAUUGAGUAUACAUCUGGCAUCAAGACCAUUGACAAGAUUUAUCUUGAUACAUCUUUCACUGAGAAUGUGGCUUUUCAGACAAAAGCCGAAGGUAUCGCUGAAUUGUUGCGAAAGGUUUCCCAAUACCCAAGUGAUACCAUCUUUCACUUACAAGCCUGGACUUACGGAUAUGAAGACGUCUGGCUCGCCUUAUCUAAGGCUUUAAAAUCCAAAAUCCAUGUCGACGACUACAAACUCCGAAUCUAUGGUUCGCUCAAAUCAAAAACCCCUGACUCGAGAUUUGACGCAGACAAUCAUCUGACUCCAGAGUCGCCGGCUCUGACUGGCCACACGUGUGGCAACACGCCACAUCCAGGGUGCUUAACGUCAGAAGAAAAUGUCCGCUUACACAGUUGUGAAAAGGGAAACUUAUGCGACGUGGCUCAAAGACCUACCACUAUCUCUAUUCAACCGAUCGUUGCGCACUUGCCUACAGGAGAGGACUUGGCCGAAGUUGGUGUUGGUGGUGGCGGAGUUGACCUUCAACGAGAAGCUGAGCUGGAGUUUCUGGACCAAGCUAGCCUGGCCACCCUGUUCAAUACGCUCCUCUCCUCAUCUAUGUCUUCAACCGACAUGCCAGAUAUACUCCAAGGGACCUUGGAGAAGAUAGCCUCCACCGGUCGUAACAUUCCACUGGAAUGGGACAUCAACACCUUAAACGCUCACUCCGCUGAAGAAGUUAUCAUGAUGCUGGUGGAGAAAAUGAGAAAGAAUCCCAAAAAUCAGAAGCAGCGUGACGAGUGUAGUCUCCCAAGAACUAUUUACUUUCCAUAUUCAAGGCAUUCUUCGUUACCAGAACUCCGCCACUUCGUCGAAGCUUUCCGGCCACUAGACGUGUGGCCAUGCACUGUCAAUAACGCUGAGUGGCUAAAGGAUGAUGACGGACAUCAGCAACAUGGUAGCCAGACAACGAUCGGAUCCGACUCCGUUCCAAGCUCACCGGUUCGUGAGUCGCAGGGUGCAGGUCAGAAACGCCCUAUCAAUAUAAACAAUCGAUUCGUGAGCCCCUUAUUGGAUACGCAAGCGAGUAUUCGUCACAGGCGCAUUGUCUCGGAAGCGGAAUGCCCAGAGGAGAACCUGGAAGCCCCAUCCGAAAACUCUACUCAGCAAUCGCUCGUAGUGCCUACCAUCGAGCAAGUGGAGGACGUGCAGCAAGAUAACCACAUUCAUCCGGAACCACUGCUAAAUAACUCAUCCAAUUCGCCAGCACCUGUUUCGUGCCGCCGCAAACGUACCAUUUCUGAUACUUCAGCAAGGGAAAAUGGCAGUAACAGGCAACAAAUGCGUCAAACUCCUGAGGAAACGUUGCCCCGGACAUUAUCAGACGAGGCCUCAAUUGGUCGCCAGGAUGCAUAUUGGCAUAUGGUUGAUUACAUGGACAAGGGUACUUGGGGAUCGUUCCAGCUAAUAUCUACGAGCAACGAGUAUACAGUCAAUGAAUCGGAACUGUGA